AAAAAUAACAAUGUACACUGUAUUCAGUAAUUGGUUCUGUCACUUCACACUAUGAGUAUGAGUUGCCGAGUAUCUUUAUUGCAGCAUUUCAUAAGGCCUUUGCUACAAUACUGUUCGUGUAGGUCUAGUGCAACGAUCAUGUAGGCCGCGAUUUGAAGCUUUUCUAGAUGGCCGAGGACCUGGACGAUGAACGGUGUGAGCUGUGCAGGUUUCAUCCGGCAGAAGGCCUGCGAAAGCAUGCAUUCACUGCCAGACACAAGAAGUCAGUUCGUGACAGGUUUUUGCCUUUCCUGAAGAAGCUUGACACAGCCCGGAAAGAUUUAAAGAAGCCACACGUUGUGGAUGGCGAGAUUGCAUCCGACGCCUUUUGGUGCCACCCCUGCGCGAGCCGGGUUGAGAAGCAUAUCACCGACGGAGAGUCCUCCAUCGUGAACGGAGGAACAUUGGCCCAUAUGGGCAGUGACGACCAUGCCAAGAACUCAAAGACCUUUUGCCAGCGUCAUGGUGUGUUUGUGGUUGAGAAAGCUGCCCUGUCAAAGCUCAUUCUGGAGAAUUCGCUGUUAGUCAGCUAUCUUGAGCUUGUAAGGGAGGCUACAGAGAAGUUGCAGCACGAUGAUGUUCGCAGCAAGGAAGCGCAGUACAUCACCAGUCAGGAGAAAAUAUGGCAGGAUGCCUCUAAAAUGCAGCAGCCAACAGCAGCAUUGUGUAACCCCAUGGCAGCAGAGUAUACGAUGGCGCAGCCAGCCUACCGUACAGUGACAAACUCGUUUGGAAUCCUGCAGAACCCAACUGGAUGGCAUGAUGGGCAGCGUGUAUGGGGCGGUGGAAUAGUCAAGUAUCCACCUGGUUCUGAUCAGCUUCUGCAAUGGUCUGUGGAUCGCCGCCAGCCUACUGUGACGCACGGCGUAGCAUCGUCCUGUAGAUCUAUGCCACCACCCAUCCAACAACCAGAGGCGGGUGGCGACGGGGAAAUCGGAGUGGCGUCUGGCAUGACACGUAUUGCCAAGCCUGUUGUAAAAGGUUUGAAAGGCAAUGUCCACACCGGUGCUACACCACCCUGGCUUCUUCCAGACAAUUUGGAUUCAUCUUCUGCGGCUGGAGAUGCUGCGCAGGCUACGGCGAUUGGCCCCUCAUUGGAGGACUUUCAGCAGCAUGCGUACCGCCAGCAGUUUGCAAGCAGCAACCCUAAGCGCGUUGGUGCCGAUCAUGUGAAUGCCAUGAUUCGCCAAGGUAUGCCCAGUGCCGCAGCGGGUGGCAUUGCAUCUGGCUCCGAAGCUAAUGACCCUUUGUGGCUGCCGAAUUUUGGACGUGUGUACAACCAUGGGGCUCGCUCAGACACAAAGAGGGAAUUCUACAAGGAAUUACAGCAUCGGCAACAACGUAAAGGGAGUAGAAAGAGAAGACACCGGGAUUGACAUGCCGUUGAGCUGACCCUGUGUCGACUCUCUUCCUGCUCGUCUUGACCGUUUUGUUUGCAUAAUUAUGAUAGUAUGCUUAUAUGACCUAGUGGACCCCAACAGCUGAUAUGACAGAAAGUACUUCACCCACCUCCUGUGCCAAACUGUACAAGCUACUGCAGGGUUUUUAGCUUCUUUUUAACCACGCAUUGAUGUUGGGUAAUUGAGUUCAGCGUAAUCUACGAUUGAUAACAGACAUAUACUUCAAAGCGCUUAUAUCAGGAUCAUGAUAAAUUGAUGCCAUUCCCCUCCCCCAUUGAGUCUGUAGGCCUUCUUGAGUCCUGGCACAGCUUGUUUAUCAUUGUACCAGGUUUUCACUUCCUGAAAAGGUUACUGGAAUGUGUUCACCAUUUCCCUGAGUCUCUUUGCUUGUAUAUCUUGCUGAGAAUUAAAAAGUGUUCUCUCUGGUAUUAAUUUGAGAGAUUGAUCAGUCAGUAUUAGUUUAUAAUACUGUGGUCUUUUUUUACUUGUAGUUUAAUACAGUGGUGAGUGAGAGUGUAGCUGACUUCCCAGAGUGGCAUGAUGCAAUCCCUCUUUCAAUAAUUUGUAGCAUUACUGAUGUCUCACUUCCUGAACCUUGUGUUUCAAUGACUUUAAUUAAGUUGUAUUUUGGCUUCAACGGUGUCUACGUUUUGUAAAACAA